CAAAACAGACAGAAGCGAUCCAAACGCUUGUGGAGUAAGAGUAAAAAACACUAAUCAAAAUGAAAUUCCUGAUUGUUGCUGUUGCCUUCCUGGCCUGCGCCAGCGCUGAUGUUUCCCACUUGUCGGGUUACAACUACCAGGCGCCCGCUCCUGUCUACCAGCCAGCACCUGCUCCGAUCUCGAUCCCAGCACCAGCUCCAGCUCCAGUCUACCAGCCAGCUCCAGCACCAGCUCCAGUUUACCAGCCAGCUCCAGCUCCGAUCUCGAUCCCAGCACCAGCUCCAGCUCCAGUCUACCAGCCAGCUCCUGCUCCCGUGCAUUACGAAGCUCCUGCACCGGCUCCAGUCAGCACUUACAUUCCCCCCGCACCCGUCUCGAUCCCAGCCCCAGCACCAGCUCCAGUCUACCAGCCAGCUCCUGCUCCAAUCUCGAUCCCAGCUCCAGCACCAGCUCCAGUCUACCAGCCAGCUCCUGCUCCGAUCUCGAUCCCAGCACCAGCUCCAGUCUACCAGCCCGCUCCUGCUCCCAUCCGCGUUGAGGCUCCAGUUCCCGCUCCAGUGAACACCUACAUUCCUCCCGCACCCGUCUCGAUCCCAGCCCCAGCUCCCGCUCCAGUCUACCAGCCAGCUCCUGCUCCGAUCUCGAUCCCAGCUCCAGCACCAGCUCCAGUCUACCAGCCCGCUCCUGCUCCGAUCUCGAUCCCAGCCCCAGCUCCUGCUCCAGUCUACCAGCCAGCCCCUGCCCCAGCUCCAGUCUACCAGGCUCCAGCUCCCGUUUACCAGCCACAGCCCGUGAUCGAGGAAAUCGAGCAGCCUUCCGUCGAUGGUUACCGUUACAAGACAGUGCGUCGUCGCGUCUACCGUCGCAACCGUCUGUAAAUGUUUAGCUUAAAUCCUGAAAAUACUCGUUACGAAUUACCCAAGUAAUUGUAAUAUUAAAAAAUACCUGAAAAAUAC